AUGAAUCACAUGUUUGGGAAGCCUGAGCUGCUUGAGAUGGUUGAGAUUGAGAAGCCUGAGCUGCAUGAGAUGGUUGGGAUUGAGAACCCUGGGCUACUUCAGAUGCCUGGGAUUGAGAAGGCUCUUGGGAACCACUUGCUUGUUUUCUUUGUCUUAGUUGCAUACUUUGUUGUCUGCUACUUUUCUCUCCACCAUCUCUCAUUCUUACCUAAAACAAAUAAUAAUUAG